GUCUACCCAGAGACCUUUGCGUUACAAGAUGGCGGACGAGAUGGAGAGAGAGCACGAUGAAACCAACGAGGAAGAAAGCGAUAGUUCAAGCGACGAGGGAAUGGAGCAAGAUAAAGACCCAAGUGCCGAUGCGGAAAUACACCAGCUUGAACUCCAGCUUGAAACAAAUCCAUAUAACUACCAAUCACACAUUCAGCUGAUCAACCUGCUAAGCAGCUCAGGGGACCUGGAAAGACUACGUCAGGCUCGAGAAAAUAUGAGCAAGAGUUUUCCUCUAACUGAAGAACUCUGGCUUUCCUGGAUUGAGGAUGAGCUUCCACUGGCUUGUAUACCUGACCACAGGGAGACCAUCAAGUCACUGUUUGAUCGUGGCGUGCAAGACUACCAAUCUGUCAAGUUGUGGAUUCAGUACUGUCAGUUCAUGAUGGAUAACAUGGAGACAGACCAAGGUCUCGAGAGUGUUAGAGCAACAUUUGAGAAGGCUCUCACUUCAGCAGGACUCCAUGUCACUGAGGGUUCUAGCAUAUGGGACGGAUUCAGAGAGUUUGAAACAACAAUCUUGGAUUCAUUUGAGCAAAUGCUUACAGAUGAAAAUCAAGAAGCAAUGGAAGAAAAAAUUGCUGCACAAAGAGAAAGAGUAGAAUCGAUAUACCGACGACAGCUUGCUGUUCCUCUCCUUGGAAUGCAGAUGACUAUGCGUGAUUUUGAGGAUUGGUUAGAAGAAGAUGAAGAGGUCCCAGUACCAGUUAAGCUGGCUUAUCAAAAGGCAGAGACAAAACUUGAAGAGAUCCUUCCCUAUGAAGAUGAACUGAACUCUAAUAAAUCCAAUAGCCUUGAGGCCUACAAAAACUACCUGAAAUAUGAGGUACAGAAAGGGGAACCAGUUAGGAUUGUCUGUCUCUAUGAAAGGGCAUUGAAGGACAACUGCCUUUAUUCUGACCUAUGGAUGGAGUACACAACGUACUUGGAUUCAAAGCUUAAAAUAUCAUCUGUUGUUUUGCCUGCUCAUGAGCGUGCAGUCAGAAACUGCCCGUGGGUGGCAUCUCUAUGGCAGAACUACAUGCUGGCCCUGGAGCGAAGUAAUCAGCCGUCCUCCAAGAUUAAAGAGAUUUUUGACAAAGCUCUCACUUGUGGUUUCUCGAGUGGUGUUGAGUUCCUUCAACUGUGGCGAUGUUACUGUAAUCACAUGAGGCGAAGGGUGAAAGAGUGGACGGAAGAGAGUCAUGAAGUAAAGGAAUGGAGAGACAGUUUGAAGAGUGCCAUAGAGUACAUGCAACACUAUUUUGGAAAUGAAGGUGACUCAACUAAUUUGCUAGACAGAUGCUGGGCCAGACUUGAGGCAUACAAGCUAAGUAACCUAUCAGAAGCUCAGCGCUUGUGGGAAAUAGUCAUCAGUAGGCAUGGGCGGGAGCUGGAGUACUGGGUGGAAUAUGCAAACCUUGUGAGGACGUGCAAAGAUGUCCAGUCGUGCCGCAAAGUUCUCCAUCGCGCCGUGCAGUCCGUGAGUGAUAACCCUGAGGGAGCCACCCGGGCUCUGCUAAGUUUGGAAGAAGAAGAAGGUUCACUGGAGGAUUGGGACUCGUCAUACGCUCGCUGUGCCACUCGGCUGAAAAUCGUAAAUGAGCGCCGCACAAGAGCAGCAGAAAAAGAGAUGAGUCAGAUGAAAGAGGGGGAGGAAUUGGCAGAGAAGAAAAAGGCUUCAAGGGCCGAGAAAAAAGCUACUAAGAAACAAGAAAAGAAAGCAGGAAAAAAGGAUAAAGCGCAGAUAAUGAAGCGAAAGGCAGGAAUGGAAGGCAGCCAAAAUCAGCAGAUUGAUAAAGUGAGAUCGUCUGAGCCGGCCGCAAAGAAGCCUUGCGUGGAAGGCGAGAGUGUGGAAGACGCCGCACAGGAACAGCCUCCGUCUGAGAGACAGACUGAAGAGGAGGAACUACCCAAGCACCUGGAUAGAUCUUCAGACCCGCGAAAAGUGUUCAUUAGUAAUUUACUGUUCAGUAUCACCGAGGAUCAUCUACGGGACAAGUUCUCAAAGCUCGGCGAGGUGCUAGAUGUUCGGAUUGUGAAGAACAUGGCGGGUCGAUCAAAAGGUUAUGCUUACGUGGAAUUUAACAACGAGUCCACUGUUCAGGCGGCGUUGGCGAUGGACCGAGAGAAGAUGGAGGGACGUCCCAUGUUCAUCUCGCCGUGUGUGGACAAGGCUAAAAACCCCACCACAUUCAAGUUUCCCACGUCCUUAGACAAGCACACCCUCUUCGUCUCCAACCUGCCUUUUGACGCAAAGGAAUCCGAGAUAGAGGAACUGUUUAGCAAGCAUGGCGUCGUGAAACAAGUUCGUUUGGUCACCAACAGGGCAGGCAAACCGAAAGGUUAUGGAUAUGUCGAAUACGAACAAGAGAGCUCCGCAUCUACAGCGGUACUAACAUUGGACAAGACGGAAGUGAAAGGUCGCACCAUAUCCGUCGCGCUGUCUAAUCCCCCCACGAGAAGAGGCCCUCCAAGACAAGAGCAUCCCCCACCACCACCCCCUGGAAGUCGCGGACGCGCGAAAACUCAGCUUCAGCUCAUUCCAAGAUCCCUACAGAAAACAUCGUCCACCCCACAUACGUCAUCAUCUACGUCAUCGCCUGACCCACAAGGCCGUGCGCCAGCUAGCAAGGGGGAAUCACAAGAAAAGAGCGCAGGCUCAAAGGGUUUUAGCAACGAGUACUUCAGAUCUCUCAUGCAAAAGAAAUAGUAAAGAAGGUAGACAUCUGU